CACACUUGUUAAAUUCAAAUCUAAAUCUUGCUAGAAAUGUCAGAACUAACAAACACCCGUGUGCCCACACCCUCUAACCCCUCAAAUCUGGCCCCACGCUAUGAAAUCCGAAAACUAAAGCCGGUCCACCUCCCCUGGGCCACUGCGAUCCUCGCUCACAGCCACGGCUUCCACUCGAAUGUCUGGCAGAAAAUAUGGCCCGACCGCGACCUCGGCCGCUGGGUCGUCGAGAAUUCUCUCAACUUCGAAUACCUAGUCCGCCACCAAAUCGACUCAGGCCUCUCCUUCGGCGUCUUCGACACAGAAUAUGAAUUCAGAACCGACACAGCCCGCGCCACUGGCGGCGCCCUCCUCUGGGACGCUGCCGAACUCAACACAGAAAGUGUGGAAAAGACGCAAGGCCGCGCAGCAGAAAGCAAACGGUUACUGAACCAGAUGGAUUUCCCGCUUGUAAGCAUAAUCCUCAGCUACGACGGCUUCGCCCCGCUUAGUCCAAAAAAAAUGAAACCAUUGCUAGCCGCUUGGCCUGAAUUUCCGAUUCUCUACGGCGCACUCGAACAGCGGGAUCAGCGGGACCCGGCGUCGUGGAAGCCUACUGCGCCGCGCCAGGUGCUCAUGCGCAAUGCGACGUCUACGCGGGGCGACUAUGAAGGGCGGGGUGUUAUGGGGGCUGCGGCAAGGUGGUUGCAGCGUGAGGCGGCGCUGAUGGGGUUUCGGGGGAUUCAGAUUGAGGCCAUGGCGGAUAAGGUGAUUCGUGUCUGGAUGGAGGGUGUGCAGAAGCCGUUUAGGGGGACGGUGGUAAGUGAGUUUGAGUGUCAGACUUUGGAGGUGGAUGGGGAGGGGCCGUUUGGGGCGGCGACGCAGAGGAUUGUUAAGGCUUGGGUUGAUUUGACGGCGUAAAGGUGUUAAGGGGGGGAGAUGGGGAUGCUCUUGCCUUUUCAGAAUGAUACUGACUUCGAACUGGCUUGUUGCUGCUCUGAUAGAUUCAGGUUGCAAGUUUGCUUAAUGAAUAUGUCGGUCUAGAUACGGCGGCCUAUAGAGUAAAAAACGGAAGAUGAAAAACAGUGC